UUCUAUUAAAAUAAGCCAUGGUUUGGGGAGGAAGUGACUGGAAAAACUGUAAUGUAUAAUGCAGGAACUGCGUCACAGGAGGCUUAAAUUGUAGCGCUUUUAAAGAUUCAUAAGGUGACAGGUGUUGGGAACAGCGUUUUUCUGAUCAGCACGUCUGAAUCCGCCUGAUCAGAGGGGGCGGUAAAGCGCGCGAAGCCGGUUUCCCGCCACCAAUUAAACCCAAAGAAGACGCAGCACAGAGUUUGUUGUCAUUUUGGGCAGAAACCCCUGCGAUUGUCUUUAAUAGGCUGACUGGUUUCACGGGGCUCGGUAAAUAGCAGCAGGCCUUCCUGAAUCCACCGCCCUUCUCAGGUUUGUUUACCGCCGUGUAAUCGGAGACAUGCCCCGACGUGCUGCUUUACAAGUGGCUGCCACUCUCCUCUUUAACACCCUCUAGUAUUAACCACGACACUCUGGCCACUGUGCCUCUUCUCUCCGUCUCUGUCCGCUUUCUGCUCAAGCCUCUUGUCCAUUAUGUGUCCUCUGCAGCUGAGGACGUUGCUUUUUGUAGCGUGGGUCGUGGGCUACGCCGCCUUUCUGCUCUCCAUCAGGAGGAUGUGGACCGGGAAGUACAUCCGAAAUCCGGUCGUCCGCUCGCUCCUGGUCAACAUGCUGAGUGACCUGGAUACGAUUGACGUCACAAAGUGGUACAGGUGCAACACUGACCUGCUGGAAGAAUCACUGCGACCGCUGUUUAUCCAGAGCCAGCUGGAUGCAGACACCAGGGCUUUUGUGGAGCAGAGUGAAGAGAAGUCUACCUAUCUUUUCACCCAGAUCUACUAUUCUCUUGUUUCAACUGUCCUCAGCCCACUGGUAUCUCGUACCUCCAUUAAUGGGUUUCUGGGACGUGGCUCUAUGUUCGUGUUUUCCAAGGACCAGUUCCGGCAGCUGCUCCGGAUCGAACCGGAUUGGGUGGCCAACAGACUACUGGACCUCGGAGCUGGAGAUGGUGGUGUUACAAAGGUGAUGGCCUCACAUUUCACAGAGGUCUAUGCAACUGAAGUCUCAUUGCCCAUGAAAAGGCAUCUCCGCAAGAAGAAAUUCAAACUGCUGGAUAUAGAUGUGUGGCAGGAGACGGGUUUUCAGUAUGAUGUGAUCAGCUGUCUGAACCUUCUCGACCGCUGCGAUGAUCCACUGAGUCUCCUGCGGGACAUCAGACGAGCACUGGUUCCAGGGACGGGAAGACUCAUUGUGGCUGUUGUGAUUCCUUUCCAGCCCUGGCUAGAAAUCAGAGGGAGAUGGGAGCGUCCCAGAGAAUACGUUCAAAUUCAAGGAAAGACGUGGGAGGAGCAAGUGAACAAGCUCACCAAUGAGGUUUUCCGAAAGGUGGGGUUUGAGGUGGAGACCCUGACCCGAUUGCCAUACCUCUGCGAAGGGGACAUAGCAAGAGAUUACUACCUUCUUGAUGAUGCAGUUUUUGUUCUGAAGUCCUCAGAUGAUCAAGUGGCUGCUCCGUGAAUACUACAAGUACUGCGUAUGUAGUAUUCAUGAGCAUUCUUGGAACACAGUAUGCGCCUUUUUUUUUUUUUUUUUUUUAAGCUGUGGUGAGUCAGGUGUGAAGCUCAGGUAUUGUAGUUCCCAUGUUCACCAGCCAUCUUGUUUAGUGAUACCGCUACCAUUUUUGGAGCACAAAUAAUUGGACAGCAGUUAGCCCAUGAGAAAAUACCUCUAAUGAUACUCUAAUAACAUAACUCUAAAAUGAUGCUGUGUUGGUCCUGUGUGUCUGUUACCUGUGCUUACUGGAAGUGUAUCGAUUCAGAGGACCAAUCAGGCGGCUUUUACUUGAUGUAAUUUAGAGUUUGAGACGUCUUGAGAUGGUUGUGCAAACUGAGCCCUCAUUUUCUUUCUCCAGGACAUUUCCUGCCUGAUGGCAGACUUGGUGAAAGCAAGGCCGCUCUGUAGCCAUUUCAUUCUAACUUUAACUUGAAGCUGAACUUCUCAAAUGCACCUUUAAUCAACUUGAACUGGUCUGUGUGUAUUUAACUGUUAAUGCAUUUUUGCCACUGAUGUGAAAGUAAUAAGGCUUUCUUAAAGUGAGCCUGUGAAUCUGCAGCUUCAACGACCACAAGUGGAAACUUGUGUUUUUAGCUGCUUUCUGUUUUUGUUUGUUUUAAUGAAAACAGAUCCUGUGUUCAUCAUGCUGACUGUAACAUCGUGUAGUUCUUAAUCCAUUAACAUAAAAUGCCAAUUGGUGCUAAUAGAUGUAACUAUAGCACAAAUGGAAAAAGCCUUAGUCACUACAUUGUCUUGUGAUGUCUUACUCAGUUGUAUUACACUAGAUUAAACUGUUGGUUAUACUAGUCCAAGCAGUGCUGUAGCAACAAAAUCUGCAUAUAUGGAAUAAAACAAAGCUGUUUAUGAAUUAACUUUUUUUCCCACAAAUUUCUUUAAAUCGGUUAUGCUGAUCAAAUGAUGGUGCAGACUGAAUUAUUUGGAAAAAUGUGCCACAUUUAAUGCAAUCUUUAAAUGUGUAUGUCCUAAAUAAAGUACUUUUGCUGCA